CAUGUGUUUUGCAUAGAGUUUGUUUUCCGUGUUUUCCAUCAGGCGGGCGGUGCAUGGGAGUGCGCAGGUGGUGUGAUAACUCAGUGACGUGAGGUCGAUAUACUUUGCUGAUCUACUGUCAAGCGCUUGUUCUUCUAUUUCAGCCUAAAAACAGCGGUGCCUCUAUCUGUGUUAGAGUGAGGGCUGUACAGAGCGACGCAAUGAUCGUUUACCGGUUGCUCGAAACCAAGCGCAUUAUUACUUUCGGAUCGCGGAAACUGCAUACAUUGCCUGCAAAAAUGAAAGCAUGGCAAGCCCGCAACUUUAAUGGCAUCGACAGCGUCCUUCUGGAAGAGACGCGAGUUCCACAGCUAGCGUCAUCGAACGAAGUCCUCGUUAAAGUCCACGCAGCCAGCGUCAACCCACUUGAUGUGGCGAUGUUAGAUGGAUAUGGCAGAAAUGUUAUAGACGUGUUAAGGACGCUUCAGUACUUCCCUAACAGCAGGGAAAGGUUUCCUAUGGUCCUGGGCAGAGAUUUUUCCGGUGAAGUCGUCGGUGUUGGACACGGCGUGAAGGAGUUUCAAUUUGGAGACGAGGUCUGGGGUGCUACCAUGGCUGGCCGACAAGGAUCUCACGCAGAGUACAUUGCAGUACCUGCAAGCGUUAUAUCGAAAAAGCCAAGAACAAAGUCCCACUUGGAAUCGGCAGCAUUGCCGUAUGCAGGUUUAACCGCUUGGGCUGGGAUCCGCACUGUGGGCAACCUCAGCAGAUACACAACCCGAAAUAAAAGGUGCUUAGUUUUAGGGGCCUCUGGUGGCGUUGGAACGUUUGCAGUACAGCUCUUAAAAGCUUGGAACGGAUUCGUCACAGCCACAUGCAGCAGUGGAGCGGUAGAGCUGGUUUCAAAACUUGGGGCAGACACAGUUGUGGAUUACACUGCACCCGAUUUUGAGGCGCAGCUGCUCCAUGGCCCAAGGUUUGACUUUAUUCUAGAUUGCGUUGGUGCUCAUCAAGGCUUGUCACCAACCAAGUUGCUUCACAAAGGGCGCCUUUCGACCUAUGUUACCGUCGUGUCACCUGUGUUAAGAAACACAGAUGACAUGGGGCUUUUCUCCGGAAUGGCGCUGUCUGCUUGCCAGGCCUUACAGGUUACUGUUAAGGAGCUUGUUGAUGGCCGCAGUGCUCGCUGGGCUUUCUUCUGCACCAAUGCCGAUGCAUUGAAGGAGAUUGCCGAGCUUGUUGACCUCGGCAAGGUGACACCUGUCGUGAGCAGCACCUAUCCUUUUCUUGAAGUUCCAGCAGCCUACCACAAGAUAAAGGAAGGCCACGCCAGGGGAAAGAUAGUGAUCUCGGUUGUUGAGCAAGAACCUCCUGUCCACAAGCCCCAGAAACCGUGACUCGAAAUCGCGUAAUUUUGAGCCUCUACUUACAGAAGUACAUGCAGGGAAUGUUCACGAGUUGCUCGUCGUGUAUAAAUGCAGAUUAAGCAGUCAUGACAAAUAUGUUAGACGAAUAUUUCCGUCAUGGAAUGUUUUUAUUCCCCUGCUGGGGCUUUAGGAUGUAUUAUACGACACAAAUAAAAUUCGCACCUCUUUGCA